AUGGCGUCAGAAGAUAAAAAAACUACGGUAACUGAUGACUUGGAUGAUGUAGACGAGCUACUUGACGAGGUUUUGGAUGAUUUUUCUUCACAACAAUCUAAUCUUGACUCAAACAAGCAAACUACAACAGCCACACCCACUUCUUCAAAAGAAAAUAUUAUAAAUGAUGAGGAGUAUGCAGCACAAUUAGCCGCAGAUAUGGAAGAUUUUGUUAAGCAAUUUGAAGAAAAUGAAGAAAUAAAACAAGCGUUUCAAGAAUUAAUGAACUCAGUUAGUGAUGAAUCUAUCAGUGGGGUUGGAAAUAGCGAUAAUAAUAAUUUUGGAGGUUCUGACGAAUCUAAAGAAAAAUCAUUUCAGGAUAAAAUCAAUCAAACAAUGAAUAAACUUCAGAACAGUUCGGAUCAAGUUGAUGCCGAAGUUUCAGAAAGUGCAACCGAUGCAAUAGUCGAACAAAUGUUUAAACAAAUAGAAGAUGGGUUAGCAGGUCUUGGUGAAAAUGGAGACAUGGAGGAUAUGUUAGGCGGAGGAAUGGAUAAAGUAUUAGAGUGGAUGAUGGAAACCUUAGCGACAAAAGAUUACUUAUAUGAGCCAAUGAAAGAAUUUGCACAAAAGUACCCGAAAUGGCUCGAAGAAAACAAAAGUAAAGUUUCAGAAGAGGAUUAUGAACGUUAUGAAAAACAAUCAGAGUAUAUUCAAAAAAUUAUUGAGAAAUAUGAAGCGCCUGAAUUUGAUGAAAAUAAUGAACAACAGAAUAAAGCGAUAGUAAGCUUAAUGCAGGAGCUUCAAGAACUUGGACAACCACCAUCAGAAAUUCUUAAUACAGAUUUAUGA